AUGUACACUGGCUGGUGUGAGGAGAGACGUACCAGCUGUGGAGGAAGUCAGAGAGGUAAAGGAGUGUUUCUUCCUUCAUGGCUGUGCGUCUCGCUCUUUUUCUCUGCCCUGUUGGGCCAAGCCUACCCACAAUGCCCGGACAGCUGUCAGUGCGCCUCGGAUACGGCCACGGUGCUGUGCUCAGAUGCCAAUCUGCGGGAGAUCCCAGAGGGGAUCCCGCCGGACACAGUGUCCCUCCACCUGGAACGCAACUACAUCCGGAAUAUCCCCGAGAGUGCCUUCAGUGACCUGGUUCACCUUCGGGAUCUGUACCUGUCCCACAACCGUAUCGAUUCACUGGCCUCGGGGGCCCUGCGGCACCUGGGACCCGAGCUGCGCCUGCUGGAUCUCUCUCACAACCAGCUGAGGCAGGCUAGCAGAGAAGAGUUCGGCUCCACUCGUGCAAAGACUCGCCUCUACCACAACCCCUGGCACUGUGACUGCGCUCUACAGGAGCUGGUGGAGACUCUGAACCUGGAGCCCGAGACAGUUAACGGGAUCAUUUGUGAGAGCUCUGUGCGGGGGCUUGGCGAGGGGAGCAGGUGGGAGGACCCGGGGUCUCAGGGCGAGCACGCAGGUCAGCCUCUGGUAAAGCUGUUGGACUCUGGGGUGAAUUUCUGCAGCCUGCAGAGGAAAACCACAGACGUAGCCAUGCUGGUGACCAUGUUUGUGUGGUUCUUCAUGGUCAUUGUGUACGUGGUGUACUAUGUGAGGCAGAACCAAGCGGAGGCCCGCAGGCAUUUGGAGUACCUGAAGAGUCUGCCCAGCCCACGCAAGACCCCCAUAGAGACAGACACUCUGAGCACGGGUUUCUGA